AUGUUUGCACGAUAUACGUUCCGAUCCCCCCAGCCUCUGGCACAGGGCCUACGAAAAUAUUCCUCGGAAGCUCCGGCUAAAUCAUCGCGAGCUCCUCUAAUUGGGGGCCUUGUUCUUGCGGCCGGCGGAGGAUACUACUACUGGCAAACUACUUCUGCAAAGUCAGUCCCUGAACCGAAGGAGCGCAGCGCAGUCUUCAAGGGAGGGGACCAGGGAUGGGUUGGCUUGAAGCUCGCCCACAUCGACAAUGUUAGCCAUAACGUCAAGAAAUUCCGCUUCGAAUUUGAGGACCCCGAGAGUGUUUCUGGUCUCCAUGUCGCUUCCGCCAUUUUGACCAAGUAUAAGGGUCCAACCGACGAGAAGCCGACAAUUCGUCCUUACACUCCUGUUAGUGAAGAAAGCCAACCCGGCUACCUUGAACUGCUGGUCAAGCGAUAUCCAAAUGGCCCGAUGUCCAACCACCUUCACAACAUGGCAGUUGGCCAACGCCUUGAUUUCAAGGGCCCUGUUCCCAAAUACCCUGGGAAACUAGCAAGCAUGAUCACAUCUGCCUGA